AAAGAUUCGAUGUGACGGGGAAUCUGAAAAAUUUUGUAAAAUUUUUGGAAACUAAACAAGGUCUCAGAGUGAGAGUCACCAGUCACCAACAAACUGCCAGCGCACCACCAACAAACCCUAAUUAUUCCCUUCCCCACCGGCGACCGCAUCUAGCGGACCAGCGCAGCCCAAGCUGCAGGCGCCCAGCAGCGGCAUUGCAGGUUGCAGCAAAGCAAGACUGGGAGAGUGAGAGAGCUCGCAAGCCUCACACCCCCCCUCCUUCCCCCCUCAUGCGCCGCAAGAAGCACUUGGACCGGGGUGGCGGCGGCGGCGGCGGCGGAGGUGGCACGGAGCUCUUCAUUUGCUUCACCUCCCGCCCCUCCGCUGCCUCCGCCGCUUCCGUCGCCGGCGGUAGCGCGCAGUCUUCCCUCCGUCCCUCCAGCUCCUCCAAGCUCCUCAGCCCCGGCCGCGGCAGUGCCAGCGCAAGCGGAGCUGAGGCAGUGCCGGCCCCGCCUCUGCACCCCUCACUCAGCCGCCGCCUCCGCAACAGCGGCAGCCUCAAGGGCGGCCAGUCCCCAAUGUUCCCGUCCGGGUCCACCGGCGGUGGCCGCCGCGGCCGGGGCGGAUUCGAACCUGCCGAGCCGUCCUCCCCCAAGGUUACCUGCAUCGGUCAGGUCCGCGUCAAGGGCGGUAAGCGCAAGCCCAAGCACGCCUCCGCCGCUGUGCUGCGCUCCCGCUCCAGGCGCGGCGGAGUCGGUGGUGGCGGGAGCGCAGAGGUCAGCUUCCGCCGCUCGGGCGACGACCGGGACGGACCCCAGGGCAAGAACCAGGGCUGGGUGUACCAGAUCCCGGUCAACAUCUGCGAGGCACUGAAGACAUUUGGCUCCUGCGGUGGUCGCUCGCUCUGCUCGCCGUCUCGGCCUGGCGGAGGCAGUGAGCGAGGCGCGCUCUCCACCGACGCGCACCGUGGUAAGAAGCGGCGGCAGGGCACUCCUGCUGGAGGUAGCUGGCUGUGCGGUGCUGCCGUGGCGAGAUGCCUCCUGGCGAUCCAGGAGGAGGACGACGACGAAGUCGGCAAGGGAGCUGCCGUUGUGCCGGCAGAGGAGAUGAGGGCAUCAGAAGUGGGGCUCGUCAUGGAAGGAUGGGAUGUCGAGGAGGAGGAGAAGGCUGUGAUGGUAGGGGAGGUGGAAGUGGAGAAGAAAGAUGAGAUCUUGGUGGUGGGGAAGGAAGAAGAGGGGAGGGUGAGUGUCUGCAUCCCCCCAAGGAAUGCACUGCUGCUAAUGCGCUGCCGGUCAGACCCAGUUCGCAUGGCUGCUCUUGCCACCCGCUUCUGGGGGUCUCCAGCUGCAGCUACCGUGGAGCAGGUGGACAAUGAGGUGACCGGGUGCCUCAACGACAACGGGGAAGAAGAGGAAGAGGAGGCUGAGGCUGAGCCAGUGGAGUGCAAAGACGAAGCUCGCUGUUCAGCUGUUUCUGUCAAAGACUUGAAAUGCGAAGAGUGUGGUUCUGAUGAAAAUGAUGGCGCUGAAGCAGGGGAGAUAGGUCAAGCAAAGGCAGAAGCUGAAGAGAGUUCUAAAUGUGGAGAUCUAGUAGAAGAAAAGGAGGAUGCAUCCUGCAGAGUAGGGGUAGAGGAAGCAAAUGUUGUUCGGAAAGAUGCCAGGUUGGAAGUUCCUUUGGGAGAAGUUACAGAGAGGGAAAACCAAGGGCCAGACAUGGUGGAGCUGGUGAUCAGUGAGGAAGAAGUUCCAGCACAAGAGAAAGUUGAUGAAGAAAUGAAGGGGAGGAGGUCAAUAAGCAGCUAUUCUCCCUCGGCAGCUCUGAAGGAGGACCGCACCAAAUUGCGACGGUUGAGUAGCAGGAGGCGUGUUAGCACUAGCAGCAGGGCCUCAUCGUCCACUGAUAGGGUUGGCAGGCGGCACAGCUUCUCAGCCGAGACGGAGGCACGGCGGUCUAGCUUCUCAAGCUUGAAGGACUCAAGGAGAGCUAGUUUCUCCAUUGAUAGAGAUGGCCGGAGGUGGAGCUUCUCGAUUGAGCAGGAGCAUCUUGUUGCAGAGCCUAAGGUGCUGAUGGCAUCCAGAAAGGGGAAGAAGACUUCUUCUGAGGCAGAGUCAGAGAAAGAUUGUGAUGUUGCUCCAAACAGUGCAGAGGAAGGACAAGAAUUCUAUGACGAUGGGAAGGAAGAAGAAACUACCGAGAAUGUAGAGGAAGAAGGAAAAACACAAUACGAGGAAACGAACCAGGAAGUAGAGAAAGUAGAAACUAGAGCAGAAGAGUGUGAAGGUGGGGCAGGACCAGUGAUACAGAGGAGGAAGAAGAGUGGCGAGUUACCAGAUUGCCUCCUGUUGAUGAUGUAUGAGCCAAAGCUCUCCAUGGAGGUCUCCAAGGAAACAUGGGUCUGCAGCACUGACUUUGUCCAUUGGAAGUCUUACCAGGGCAAGAAUAACCGCAAUCACCGGCAACAGAAGGCUUCUGUUACUGGAACAGUGGAGACUGAAAAAAAGGAGAAUGCAGAAGGCACCACCAUUAUGAAUGAUGUACAAGAGAGCAAAGAUCCAUCGACGGUCAACUCAGCUGUGCCCAUGCCAUGUCCAGUUGUCCAGAAGACACCACCACUGAAACCAGCUACAACAGAACAGAAGCUGAAGCUGGAGCUGCCACCGGUCACCAAUGCGGCAGCCUACGCCCCAUUCGUUCUGAAAAGGUGCAAGUCGGAGCCGAUGCGAUCAUCAGCGCGGUUGGCACCUGACGCUUGCUUCUGGAAGGACCGCCAUCGGCCGCUGAACGCAACUGGAGUUGGGUUCUGAUCCAUGCCAGACAGUUGCUGGAAUGUGAUGCCUAGUUAGGUAGUGAGUGAUUGAGUUUGUGAGUCUGUUGUGUAAUAGUAGUGAGUGGUUCUUUGAUUGUGCUGUGUGCUGUUAUGUGAUGUGUGGACACCACCAAAUAAUAGCAUGUUGUUAAGUUACUGUAUGAGAUAGGUUCUUCGAUUGUGCUUUGUGCUGUUAUGUGAUGCUUUGUACCAUCUAGAUUCUACACACUUGCAGCCACUACACGGAGCCCCAGAAUAUUGUCCAAUAGUACUUGGCUCUGGAUAACACCUACUUAAAUAUUGUACCUUUUGGUGUAUACUGAUUCUUGCUGGUGGUUGCUAAUGCCACAGCAUACCUGAGCGUGAUUAUUACCACUUC